AUGUGCAGGGCCAGCUCUCCCGCGGUGGCCGGACCGGCUGCCCUGUGCCGCGGGGGGCUGCGGGGGGAGCUGAGCCCGGCCCGACCCCUCCGCCCCCCGGCGGCGCUGCCCGCCCGGGCCGGGAGCCGGCGCGCCGGGCGGAGGAGGGGACGAGAGGAGGGGAGGGGAGGGCAAGAAGGGGAUGGGAGGGCAGGGCGUGGGCGGCCGCUGCCCCCCCGUCCCCGCCGGCACGUGCCUGCCCGCCCCCGCGGGCCACUGCCGCGCCCCGACGGCCCCGGCAUGGACGCGCCCGGCCAGCGGCCCGCCAGCCCCCGAGCCGGCCCGGAGGGCGCGGCGGCGGAACGGGACCCGAGCACAAACCCGAGCCCGAACUCCGGCCCGGAGGCGUCCAUCCAGGAGGAGAGGGAGGCGGCGUACGUGGAGAUCCGCGGCUCGCCGCAGGGGCCGGAGGAGAGCCGCCAGAAGCUCGAACUGGCCCAGGCCGGCGGCGCGGAGGGAGCGUCCGGUCCCGCACCGGACAGCGGAGCCGGUGGGACCGGGGAUGGCGACUCGGCGAGCGGCGGUCCCCCGGGGGAGGAAGUGGGGCCAGCAUCCUCGGACCACGGGGAGGAUCGCCCUCCUUCCCCGGCGGCGGCGGAAUGCGGCGCUGACACCGGCCCCGGCUCCGUGGAAGCGGCGGGGAGCGGCGGGACGCCGGAGGCGGGGGGCUGCCCGGAGUCCUCCUCCUCCUCCUCCUCCUCCUCCUGCCCUUCGCCCGUGACCAAGGCGGGGGACUUUACAGUAAUGGGCGACCCAGUGUCGACGGAGGGCAAAACCUCCUCGUCGUCCUUCGGCUACGAAAGCGAAGUGGAGGAUGAGGUCGCGGGGCGCAAGACGACUCCCCCCGGCGCCCCCCCGGGCUCCCUUCCCGGCGGCGGCCGCGACGAGGCGCACUAUAUCAGCACGCAGGAGAUCCAGCUCAGCGAGGUGGACCACGACAUGGACUUCGACGCGGGGCUGGCCGCCCGCUGGGACUUCGAGGAUAACAACGUGAUCUACUCCUUCGUUGACUACGCCUCCUUCGGGAGCGACGAGACCCCGGGGGACACGCUGACGGAGGAGGAGGAGAAUAGCUGCUACCUUAGCACGACCACCAGCGACCCCAACAACCAGACCGACAGCAUCGACAACACCAGCAGCACCGAGAUCGUCAGCCUUACCUCCGAACACGACACCCCCAGCGCGGACAAGCGCGCCAGCUCGGGGGAAAGCCGGUCCAAGCAGCCCGGCCGCACCGGCGGGAGCCCGGGCGCCCAGCUUCUCCUAUCAAUCAAAGCCGCUUCCCGGGCUAUAAAUGAGUCUAGCAACGUGCACGGAAAGCAAAACACUGUUUACGCUGCCAAGCAUGAAGGCGACAUGAGUCUCCGUGUCGCCGCGGCUCCCGACCGCAGUGCGAGUUUAAAACAGGAUGCGGUCCGCGACCACGCGAAAAAGUUCAUCGCGGUGCCCGCGCGGCUGCAGACGCGGUGCGGGGCCGCCAGGGCAGGGGAGCACUCGAGCGGCGCCUCCAGCGCCGUCAGCGAGCUGGACGAUGCCGACAAAGAGGUGCGAAACCUUACGGCCAGGGCUUUCCGCAGCCUGGCGUACCCCUAUUUCGACACCCUGCGCCCCGGCUCCCGCGCCUCCUCCGCCUCCCUGUCCGACAAUGCCCUGGGCAUCAACCGCUGGUCCACCUACCUGGACCUCAAGUGCGGCAGUCUGGGGCCGAGAGCCGAGCCCAGCCUGCUGCGCUCCGGCCGCUCGCAGACCAAAGCCCUCGAGUUCGUGGUCAGCAAGCUCGACGGGGAGAUCGCCCACGUCGAAACGCCGCGGCGGCUGCGGGCGGGCUCCCAGGUGGUGACCCUGCUGGACCUCGGCGAUGCCGCCGAGGCUGGGGAGCCGCCGGCGGCGGAGGGCGGCGGGAAGGGCUCCAGCAAGAAGUCCAGGUUCGCCUCCAGCCUCCUCAAAAACGUCAUCUCCAAGAAGAUGCAGCUGGAGCACGAGUUCAAGAUGGAGCGGGGCGAGAUCACCGACACCUCCUACACCGGGCCGGGCGCGGGCCGGGAGCCUGAACCCACCGGCGGCAGCGCCGGCCGGGAGCGGCAUCGGGAGGGUGGCGUGCAGCGGCAGAACUCCCGGCACUCGGAGGGCGGCUCGGACUGCACCGCGGCGCCGGCGGAGGAUGCGGGCGAGGGCGGCGGGGGCCGCUCUCCGGCCUCCAAGGCGUCGACGCCCCGCGAGGGGAACCGCAGCCUGGACCGGGCGCUGUCGGAGGAGCUGUGCGAGGUGAAGCGUAGCGCCUCGGAGGCCAUCAAGGCCACCUUCCUCCGCAGCCAGAACAGCGCCUUCAGGUCCUGGAAGGAGCGGGAGGCGGAAAGGAAGGAGGAGAGGGCGCCCGUCGGCAAGCUGAAACUUUCUCCCAAGAACGACUGGCGAGCCGACCUGGGUGAGAUCUCUGCCGGCAAGUCCACCAAGAUGUCCCGCCUGUUCGUCCCCGCCAUUCAGCACACCCCUCGGGAGAAGGAUCCCGGCAAGAGGGCGACCAAGUGCUCCGCCGCGGCCGCCGCCGUGUCCUCGGCCGCCGCCGGAGCUGCCGCCACCUCGCCCCCCGCCGCCAAGCCCAAAGCCCCCGAGAUCAAGAUCAGCCUGGGCAGCGUGCAGCAGCCCCGGGACGCCGCUUUCAGCAUCGCCCAGCUGCUGACGCCGCAGAUCGCAGGCCGGCCGCCGGAGGAGGGCAGGGGGCAGCCGCUCAAGCCUCUCAAGGCCGGCGACGGCACAGACAAAGUGCCGCAGUUCCUGGUGCGCGACGUGAGAGACAGCAAGUACAGAGCCCAGGGGAUCCUCCACCAGGUGCGGGACGUGCGGAAGCUCAUCAAAAGCUCCUACAGCGCUGACUCGGGAGAUAACAGCAGUGACAAGGGCAGCGGCGCCUCCGAGCAAGGCGGCCCGGAGCAGAAGCCCCGGCAGCAGCUGGUCAUCGCCGGUGUGCCCCGGUCGCUCUCCCCCGUGGUCAUCACCUGCCAGGCGGUCGGCCACACCGGCACCAAGCCCACCGAGGCGGGGGCCAAGGCGGCGGGCAGGGCGCCCGCCUGCCCCCCGGAGGGCACCGUGCUGGUGCACCGCACCUCGGGCAGGCUGCCAGUGGCCACCAUCGCCCCCAACAAGAGCGAUGCUCGCCAGCCGGCUGUGCUCAAGAUAGUUUCCAAAUCCUCCGCGCCCUGGCGACACCAGCCGCCGCCGCCGCCGCCGCCCCCCGAGAGGGGCCGGGGACCGGAGGAGGACCCGCGGGAGGAGAGCAAGGCAGCGCCGGUGCAGAACGCGCUGGAGAAGCUGACGGCGGCGGUGCGGAGCAUGGAGGAACUCUACAGCUUCAACAAGCGCGAGUGGAAGCGCAAGAGCGACCCUCUGCCCAUCACCGACAGCCACGUCCUCUCCCUUAUCGCCAGCCAGGAGCGGGGCGCCGGCUCCCGACCCGCCGCCGCUGCCGCUCCGCCCCCGCCGCAGCCGGCGGACAAGGUGGAGGAGCCGUCGGGCAAGGGGCCGAGCAGCGAGCGGCUGCCCCGCCGCCCCUCCAACAGCGCCGCCGACAAGGUCUCGGCCAAGGCUGCCGCCUUCGAGAGCCUGGCCCGGCAGCGGCAGCGCGGCCCGCCGCCGCCCCGCGCCGAGCCCUCGGCCGCCCCCCGCGCCCUCCUCACGCUGCGCGGGGCGGGCGGAGCCGCAGCCCCCGCGCCGGCCAAGCUCCCCCCCGAGGGCGGCCCGCGGGGCCCGGCACCGCCGCGCUCCCCUCGGCCGCCCGCGGGCGGCGGCGGCGGCGAUGCGGAGCGCGGCCCCGACUGCGGGAACUAUCUGUCGCUGCCGCUGAAGGCGGCCGCCGAGCCCGGCUCCCCCGCGUCCGCGGGGGCCACGGAGGGCGGCGGCGUCCGCCCCAGCCCGGUGUCGGCGUCAGCGGCGGCGGCGGCGCUGUGCGGCCCGCAGCCUUUUGGCGCUGCCAAGCGCCCCGGCAGCCCCAGACCGCCGCCCGGACCCCCGCCCGCCGAGGAGCCCCCCGCCGCCGCCCCGCCGCCCGCCGAGGGUCCGGCCGCCGCCCUGUACCGCCCGCCGCUGCCCUUCGCCGCCCUGCCCGGCGCCGCGCCGCCGCCGCUGCUCUGCUUCUCGCCCUCCGUGCCCGCCGCGACCACAGCGGCCGAGCCCUUCCCGCAGACGCAGCGCAAGGUGCUGCUGGACGUGAGCACCGGGCAGUACUACCUGGUGGACACGCCCGUGCAGCAGCCCCUCAAGCGGCGCCUCUUCGACCCCGAGACCGGGCAGUACGUGGAGGUGCCGGUGCCCCAGCAGCCGGCCGUGGCUCCCGUCCCGCUGCCUCUCUCGCCCCUUGCCCUCAAUGCCGGUGCCUAUGGCGCCACGUACAUGCUCUACCCCGGGCUCCUGCCCGCCGCCACCGUGCUGCCCGCCGGCGCCCUGCAGCGCCCGCUGUCCCACUCGGGCAGCGAUGGCAGCGCCCCCGCAGAGCCUGGCAGCCCCGCCGCGCCAGAGGCAGCUUUUGCCGAGAGCCCCUACUACGUGGCCACCAGCAAGGGCCCGCCGCCGCCGCGGCACGGGGCGGCCGAGGCGAAGCCGGUCAUCAGCAUCACAGCGCCGGCCACCGGCCCGCGGAUCGUCGCGCCGCCCUCCUUCGACGGCACCACCAUGCGCUUCGUGGUGGAGCACCGGUGAAGAGCGCGGGGAUAAGGAAGAAGAAUUAUGCUUCUUUAAUUUGAAAUACACUUGGUAACUGUUCAACAUUAAUCCUAAAAACUGCUUCUACGGUUUUCUCAAUUUUUUUGCUUCAUCAUACAAAACAAGCAUGUAAGUUUCUUGUUUUCUUCUAAAUGCCCCCCUGUUUUGGAGUAUGCCUACAUUUAAUUAUGUGAGCAGCACUAAAUUACUGCAUUAGUUUGUGCAAAGUUCUUUUUGUACUGAAGCUGAUCUGCAGGCUUUAGGUAUUGCCUCUGUGCUGGUAGCUAAUGGCAGUGAUGCCACUGCAGCUGUUUGUAGAAUGCAGGGUGUAAAUGCAGCAGUGUUUCAGUGUGGAUCACCACACAGCUUCAUUCAGGUCCCUGGAAUGUGUUGUGAUGAUCCAGUGCAGCCCUGCAGCUCUUCAAAAACGAAACAAAGCCCUCAGCUCUCUCCUGUUGCAGUAAACGAGGGUCUUCCAUAUAGGUUUUAGUCACAAUUUGCAAUCAGAUGUUUUUUUGUACUCUCUACUUCUCACUUGGAAUUGCAAAGGAAGAGAGCUGUAGUGUUAAAUUAAUCUUUAGUGUUAAUUUUUUGCCAUGGUUCAAAACAAACUGUGUAAAUGUCAGAAAACACAUUUGAUUGCUUUCAUUUUUUGUUUGCUCCUCUGUACUAUGUUGAAUAUCACAAGUUGCCUUAAUUAGGACAGCGUUUAAAUACUGGGAAACCAGAAAUUGAAUGUAAUAUUUUUAAAUCCUGGUUCUAAAGGAGAGAACAGCAUUUAUUUUCCUUUAAGACUGCAGUCUAUUCUUCCUUAAAUUGCAGCAUUGUUGAAAACAUAAUCCUAGUCACAGCCCUGUGAGAAUAAUUUUUAAAUGUUACAGCCUCAGUACUAUGCAGUUGUUUCUUUAGCUGUUUGACAGGUUUAUCUGAGGGCUACAAUUACAAUUUGCUAAGAAAAUAUUUACCUUUUGAACAAAAAUAUAUACAAUAAGGUUCCUGACAGUGCAGUGAUUCAUAUGUCCAACUCUGCUCAAACUGAUUGUUUCAUUACCAGCAACUAGUUUGUCUCAGCAAAAGAGAAUUGUUAUUAUGACACCCAAACUAAAUUCAAUAAUCUGUUCCCUGCCCAAAAUUCUGGCUAAGUGAAGCACUUUGGGAAACAAAUAAAUAUAAGACCAAACCUGAAUUAUAUAACAUAAAGCUUUCUUGAGGUAACAAGUUAGAAUUUUAAAGCCUAAAUGCAAAUCCCAAAAGCCUUUAUUUAAGCAUUUGCCCACAGGCAGGAUUUUUCUCCACCUCUUCUCAAGGCUUCCUGCAGCUAGGAAAGUUCCAGUGUUUCCCAUUUUUAAAAUAAACCCUGGGUUUUCAUUUUCCUGAGUAACUCAGGAGGUACAGAAAACUCAGGCAGAACUGUCUUUAACCAUAUGUGUGAGAUUGUAUUUCAAUGCAAUUUAUUUGUUUACAGGCACAAAUUGUAAUUGCCCUGAGGAUGAAAUGCACCACAAGCGUGCAGUGAUUUCUCAUGUGCCUUCUCACUCAUUUUCAUCAUUGUGGAAAUCCAGUGAAUAUUCUAACCCUGGAAUUGGGGCUGACUGCCUCUUAAAGGAGAUGAAUGCUUCUCCCCCUAUCUCAUGACUGAUAGGUCCGUAGGUGUUGUGCUUAGAGUAUCAGUGCUAAACAGAACAGUACUUGGGACUGCAGGACAGUGCAGGUACCAGAGUGGCUGGUUCCCUGUGACAUACACAUGUGCAGAAUGUUCAGUAUAAUACUAGCAUCCCUGUUCCACAAUGGUCCUGUCCUACCUUUUCCUGUCUCGGUGCUCGGAGCGGAGUUUCCCGUUGCAGUUUACAAGGUAUAGGUUUGCACACACAACCUCAGGUUUACAGUUUCACCCGGUGUACUUGAAAGGAAAAAAAAAAAAAUUGCAUGGAAAACAACUGCCCAGGAUUUCAACAUGUAUUUGUUGGAGGUAAAUUUUGCAGGGUUUUUUUUUUUUUUUUCACUGCCUGUGGAGAUGAAAGCAAUGAAAUGAGGGAAUACCAACAGCUAUUUAUUUUCUCAGGGGAGUUUACUUCAGUGGAAUGUGUCAAUCCUAUUGUCAAACAGUGUUUACUUGAUUUUGUCUAUUACUAAAAAGACUUCUUGUUUGCAUCAAGGGGUCAGUUUUGCAAGGUGCUCCGCUUUGCUAACCCAGCAAAGCCUUCACAUGCAUCUCCAACUUCAGAUACUUAAGCAGCUUCCUGGGGACUUCAGUGGAAGGAUUUUUUUUCCUUCACCCAUCUAUGCAAAGCUUUGCUGAACUCAUCCCAGAGUGCUGAAUGCCUUGCAGACCUGAGCACCAGGUUCUUCACUUUACAGAACCCGAUCUCUGGGCUUGAGUCAAGCCGGACCCAGCAGAUAAUGCCACAAAAGGUCACCAGAAAAAAGCUCUGGUAAUAAGGUGCUCCUCCAUGUAUACCCAGUGGUGAAUUUCUCCAGUGGAUGGGGUGAUGUGUAACCACAUAUCUUGGAUUAGAGUCAAGCCCUCCAUGUGAGGGCUCACAAGCUGCUAGUAUUAUAUGUUUCACGGUGCAGUCAUAGUAUGUUACAGCUGAAAUUCACCCCAUGUGCAAAGCAGGGCAAAAUCCUGUGCACCACUCAAGUUCCCUCCCAGCCCUGCUGUCAGGGUUUUGAGGGUGCACCAGUCAACUCUCCAAGCAUUUUAGGUCAGGAUCCAAUUAAAAGUUUGAGCGGGACUGGAGUGAUGCACCAGAAUGUUGUUCUGGUCUUUUGCAACAGGGUUGGUUUCACUCAGUAUCAAAUUUAGCCCUUGGUGAAUCAACUGGUGAAUGAUUUGAAAUGUAUUUAUGGGUUGUGUGGGGUGUUUUUCCCCCUUGUCUGUAUUCAAUGCUACCUUUAUUCUUUAGUGUUGAUGGCCAAAGUGUCAUUCCUUAUGCUUAUAUAUUGCCAUUAACUUGUGGCUACCUGAGAACACAUACUUCAAAAAUGCUUGUGCUUUUUUUUCACCUAUUUCUUUUUUUUUUUAUUUCUUCUUUAUUUUCCUCCCCCGCCCCCUGCCCCUUUCUUUUUCCUCUCUCACUUUUAAAGGGGCGAGUUAGUUAUUGGUGUAAAGAUAUUUAAAAGUGCAAAUGUGAAGCAAGAAUAAUGAUUGCUUAGAGGAUGUGGGUGGUAUGUGUGAUGAGAGAGGGGUGGGCUGUAAGACAGAGGGGAAAACGCCGUGAACACAUCGUGUUGAUGACUGUUGCCUGUGGAGAAAGAAUUGAGAAACAGAAGAUGUUUAACUGGAGAGAAAUGGACUCUUUGAGCUGCUCUCAAUGGAGACAACACUGUGGCAAGUGUGUAGCUGAAACCCAAAGUGAUCCCACUGCAGGGUGCCGUGGGCCUGGGAUUGAAGGACAGCGGCGUCGCUCUGGGAAUGGCACAGCGGGAACACUGCGGAGCGUCACAGCCACGUGAGAACAGAGUGUCUGAAACUGCCAAGUACCAAAGUUUGUAACUGAAUGAGUUGGCAUUUGUAUUAUGUUGGGGUUUGUUUUUGUUUUUGUUUUUUCUCUUGAAUGUUAUGACAAAUAAAAUGUAUUUUUCAGUAAAAGA